CAUGUUAUUGUGGUUCUAAAAUUGUUUUUUCAAAGAUUAGAAUAUUUUAAUUUUUACGACUUUGUAUAAUAAUAUCCGAACUAAUAGCUUCUUGUGGCGCUUUUAAAUUAAAUUGAUUGAAAUUUGAAAAACAACUAUUAUGAAUUGAAUAUAGUAUCAAAUAUUGUUGUAGUUAUAGUGGUAGUUGAUAUAGAUAAAUAGUAAUUAUGGAGAUCUCAACCGUAAAGUCGAAUCAUAGUGACGAUGGUGAAUAUGAAGAACCAGAACACACAAGAAAAAUUUUCGUAGGUGGUCUUGAUUACCGAACAACAGAUGCGUCUUUAAAAAAAUUUUAUGAGCAAUGGGGGGAGAUUGUGGAUGUAGUUGUAAUGAAGGAUCCUCAAACAAAAAGAUCUCGAGGAUUUGGGUUUAUAACAUAUUCCCAAGCACAUAUGGUUGAUGAAGCACAAAGGAAUAGACCACACAAAAUAGAUGGAAGAGUUGUUGAACCAAAAAGGGCUGUGCCUCGUGAUGAAAUCAAACGGCCAGAUGCAAGUGCUACUGUAAAGAAGUUAUUUGUCGGAGGUCUGAAAGAAGAUAUUGAAGAGGAAGACUUGAGAAACUAUUUCAGCUCUUACGGUGAUAUAGUAUCUGUUAGUUUGGUCUCGGAGAAAGAUACUGGCAAUAAAAGAGGAUUUGGUUUUGUAGAAUUUGAUGACUAUGACCCUGUUGACAGGAUAUGCUUGCAACAAACACACAAGAUUAAAGGAUAUAGUCUAGAUGUAAAGAAAGCUAUGUCUAAAUCUACAUUUGCAUCUGGUGUUAGACGUGGUGGUCGUGGUGGCUGGAGUAACAGACAAGGAGGUCGGGAUUGGGGUGAAUCUGGGUAUGGACAAGGAAGCGGGUGGAGCCAUCAAAGCCCAUGGGAUAACUCCAGCAACUGGGGAAAUCAGGGAUACGGGGAUCAAACAGGAUGGAAUCAAGGAUCUAAUACCUUUGGUACUGGAUAUCAACAAAACUUUAGCGGUGGUCCUAUGCGUCCAAACUUUAACAACCCUCGGCAGCAACCCUAUAAUGCAGGUGGAGGCUACAACACUGGGGAUAACCGAAGUUUGAAUAACUUAGAAAAUCCUCCACCAGGAGGCAAUCAACGUCGCUUCUAACUUAAUCUGUCUCUUGUAAGUAUGAAAAAUAUUAUUAUUUGUACUCAUCAAUUUGACCAUGAUUUACAAUAAAGUAAUUUAAAUGUCACUAUCUUACAUAACAAACAUUUAAAAUGUUAAAUAUAUCAUAAAUUUUUAAUGUAUUUGAAAUCAAUAGAAUCAAACUAUAUAUUACUUAACAUUUAGAAAAAAGAUUAUCUUUUGUAUGUAAUAUGAUUCUCAUUAGUGGUAUAUGAUUAUAAAAUUCUAAAUUUUUUAAGCUGAUCUUUAAAUUAUACAAGAAAUAUAUUUUUUAUAUAGUAUCUGAUUCAGAAUUGAUAUUGCUCUGAGCAUACUAAGCAUAAAUUUGAUAGAUGUUUGAUAAUUUAAACAUUUUUGAAUGCUUAGGUAUCAAGUUACGCUUAUUUGAAGCUAGGGAGGCAGAUAGAUAGAAAGGAGGUAGGCGGGAGUCAGCUAGCUAGUGAGGAUGACUCGAACUACCUAGUCAGUUUACAUUAAUUUCCUAAAAGGUUGGUGCAGGUAUUGUGAGGCACUACAUACAUUUUUCGUCAAGCACUGUCACAGUCAUUACAUGUAUUUUCUCAGCACACAGAUGUUUUGCUCUAUUUAUAGUCUUUAGGAAAGGAGUUUUUUGAUUGAUAUUGUAAAAACUCUGCUAUUUUAAGGGUUACGUUUCUAGCAUAUAAGUGGUGCAAUAUGUUAAUGUUUAUUAUUUAUUAUCUAUAAAAAAUUUAAAUUUUUUUAAUUUAAAAUUUCUGCCAAUUUAACAUUCCUAUUAAUUUUAAAGCAUUUAUGAAGUGCAAAUUUAUGUAUAUUAAUUUUUAUUUAGGAUAUAAAAAUAAUAAUAAUAUAAUAUUUAAGAUGAUCUUGGUGGACAUUAUUCUGAUCUCAUUGUUGAAAUUUUACUAAUUAUAGGUAUAGAUAAAAAUAAAUUCAAGAGUUCCUUGAUGUUAAAUUAUAUUCGUAUUUUUUGUUAUACAUUUAAAAUAAAAUUGUUGUUUUUCUUCAUAUUAUACUUCGUAUCUUAAGUGUUUUGUAGAAUAUUCUACAUGUCUUCUCAUAUAAAUGUGAAUUAUAAUUAAAUUGAGACUGUUUUCCAUGGACUCUUCUACACUUGGACAAGCAUCCGUUCGUGGAAAAGGCCAUGGUAAGUUGAGUAUAAUAAAACUGAAUGAAAUAAUA